AUGGCCGACGAAACUCUCACCAAGAAGCUCAAGACUUCUUCGCCCUUGAUUGGCACCCACAACGGCCACUUCCACGCCGACGAGGCCCUUGCCGUUUACCUCCUCCGCCAGCUUCCGACUUACUCUGCCUCGGCCCUCCUCCGCACUCGGGAUCCCGCCCAGUUGGCUACCUGCCAUACUGUCGUCGACGUUGGCGGCGAAUAUGACCCCGCCGGCAACCGCUACGACCAUCACCAGCGGACCUUCGCAACCACCUUCCCCAGCCACAACACCAAGCUCUCGUCCGCUGGCCUAGUGUACAUGCACUUUGGUCGCGCGAUCAUCGCUCAGCACACCUCGUUGCCGUUGGAGCACGAAGACGUCACCCUGCUGUAUGAGAAACUGUACACCGAUUUCAUCGAGGCCAUCGAUGCCAACGACAACGGCGUCUCGGCCUACGAUCCGGCCGCCCUGGCCACUGCCAACAUCGAGAAACGUUUCAAGGAUGGCGGUAUCACCAUUGCUUCCGUCGUGGGCGACAUGAACAAUCCCGACCCCACCUGUCCUCCCGGGGAGCCCCAGGACGAGGACAGUCUCUUUGCUCGGGCCAGCACCUUCAUCGGCAACGUGUUUACGCGCAAGCUACACCAUGCGGUCUCCUCCUGGCUGCCCGCCCGGACGACCGUCGGCGCUGCCUAUCGCUCCCGCCGGGACGUUCAUCCUUCCGGCCGUAUCAUCGUCCUGCCGCAGGGGGGCGUCCCGUGGAAAGAGCACCUGUACAACUUCGAGCAGGAGGCGUCCAGCGCUGGGCAGUCGAGUCCCGAGGAGCAAGUGUACUAUGUCCUCUAUCCCGAGAGCGCCAAUGAAGGCUCCAAGUGGCGCGUGCAGUGUGUGUCGGUCAGCGAGGGGAGCUUUGAGUCGCGCAAGCCCCUACCGGAAUCCUGGCGCGGGGUCCGCGACGCGGACCUCGAUGGCGUCAUGGCCGCCGAGGCAGGCAGUCCCGCCGUUCCCCCAGGUGCCGUCUUUGUCCACGCGAGCGGUUUCAUCGGCGGUCAUCAAACCAAGGACGGCGCAUUCGCUAUGGCCGUGCGUGGCCUGGGGCUAUAG